GGAUUACCGCCGCAGCCUCUCCGCAGAUCCAGCGAACAUCUGGAGCAUCUUCCCCCAGCAGAACCGUGUUGCUGCUCACAACCCGUCCGGACAGGACCUGGACCUGGUCUGGAGGCAGCCUCGCUAAAUCCCAGACCAGGAGGAGGACGAUGGACCGAGCGAAACCGACACCCGAGCCGUUCUAGGCCCGAUGGACGCUAUAACCUGGAUUUAGUUUUUGAGUCUGGAAUAAAUCCUCUCCAUCUCGGUUCGCUCAAACGGAUUAAAAGAAACCGAAUCAUUCUUAAUCGUUGAAUUCCGCUCAGGAUUAGGCUGAUCCUGGUUUCAAGUGGACUCCGCCUGGUCCCGGACACAGUACUGGUUGUGGUCACCAUGCCGACGUCCCGGCCCGGUUCGGAGCCGGUGGAGUUCUGGGUGGACGGUUCUCGGAGGGACGGGACGGUGGAGGAGUUUUACACCCUGAGUUCCGAACUGGGCAGAGGAGCGACGUCCAUCGUGUAUCGCUGCGAAGAAAAAGAGAAGAAGAAGCCGUACGCCGUCAAAGUCCUCAAGAAAACGAUCGACAAGAAGAUUGUUCGGACAGAAAUCGGCGUCCUGCUGCGCCUCUCCCACCCAAACAUCAUCCAGCUCAAAGAGAUCUUUGAGACGGACACCGACAUCGCCCUGGUUCUGGAGCUGGUGACCGGAGGAGAGCUCUUUGACAGGAUCGUGGAGCGCGGCUACUACAGCGAGAGAGACGCCGCCCACGUCAUCAAGCAGAUCCUGGAGGCCGUGGCGUAUUUACACGAGAACGGCGUCGUGCAUCGCGACCUCAAACCCGAGAAUUUACUCUACGCCGACCUUUCGCUGGACGCGCCACUCAAGAUUGCCGACUUUGGUCUUUCUAAAAUAAUCGAUGAUCAGGUGACCAUGAAGACUGUGUGUGGGACGCCAGGGUACUGUGCUCCUGAGAUCCUUCGAGGGAACGCUUACGGCCCAGAAGUGGACAUGUGGUCAGUGGGCGUCAUCCUCUACAUCCUGCUGUGCGGCUUCGAGCCCUUCUUCGACCCGCGCGGGGACCAGUACAUGUACAGUCGCAUUCUCAACUGCGACUACGAGUUUGUCUCCCCCUGGUGGGACGACGUGUCGCUGAACGCCAAAGAUCUGGUGAGCAAGCUGAUCGUGUUGGACCCUCGUAAGCGUCUGAGCGUGCGCCAGGCGCUGCAGCACCCGUGGGUGCUGGGCAAGGCGGCGCGCUUCUCGCACAUGGAUACCACCCAGAGGAAGCUGCAGGAGUUCAACGCUCGCCGCAAACUGAAGGCGGCCAUGAAGGCCGUGGUGGCCACCAGCCGGAUGCACGAGGGCUCGCGGCGUCGGACCGACAGCUGCGAGAUGGCGGCGUCUGCGACGUCCCGGCAGAGCAGCGUGCAGCAGGACCCGCCUCCUGAGACUACGGAACCCACCCCCAAAGACAAGGAGGCCACGCCCUCAGACAGUCAAACAACGCCGACGGACAAAAGGAGCCCCUCCCCUUCUCGCAGCCCCGAACCGCUCAAGCUGGACGCUCCUCCCAUUGAGCCCGCCCCCUCCCGACCGCCGCUGCGUGCCGACGGGCUGCGGCAGGCGUCUGUCGUCACGAAGUCCAUGGUGGUCUCGCCCAGACCUCCCCAAAAAAGCUACUCGGUGGUCCUCCCUGCAACGAGGGCUCAGGCCACGCCCCCCAGUCCCAACAGCCUCAGCAACGGCUUUGCAUCAGGGGCAGAGCCUGCCAGUAAGACCUCCCACUGCCAUUGAGCCCCUUUAGUUCGGCUCCCCGCACAAAGAAGCUUCCAGAAGAAAGUACUGCAUGGACGCUAGCUACUUAUGUAAAUAUACUUUAGCCUCACGGACAACAAACAUUUAAUUUGACUUCAAAGUGCAUGAAAUCAUAUCAAACAACAUAAUAUAUCACCUUGGCUACUGCGCCAGCUCACGCUGGUGAUGCUGUCAGUUUAUGUUUUAAAGGUUACGCUUCUUUAAAGAUUGUAUUCUUGACGCCAUGGUUAGCACAUUAGCGUUUAGCUUAGCCUCAGCGCUCACUCUGAGGCCCAGCAGCAACUUUUUGUGGUCUCGUUUGUCGUGUUUCCCGUCACCUUCUGACGCUCAUCUUGGCUUUCCUUAGCUUGGCAUCGACGUACAAUUCCGGGAGACUUUGCUUAGCUCGACAUCGGGAGACUUCCUGGUUGCUUGGCAACGGGUGCUGCUGAUGUAAACAGGAAGUCUUUGUAACAACAAGGCCAUGGAUGACUUCUUGUUCCACUUUCAAAAUUACUUUAGCAUAGCUUCACUUUAGCCACAUUUGAUGCCAAGCUAUUUUUCUCGGCGUGUUUGGAACACUUCCUGUUUACAACGACAACCACUUGGACUUACUGAUGCAUGCUGGUUCGCAUAUCGUUAGCUACAUGCCGCGCUCCCUCGUGUCAUUGGUCACAUGACUUCCUGCUUGGCUACAAGUUUGCAUGCAGAGGCUGUGGGGUGGGACUCGGUGUAAAUAGUGUUUCUGUGUGGUCACAUGACACAGACGGGAAGUGACAGCAGUAAAGUUUCCAUCAGUAGAAAUGACGGCUUGUGUCUUUAUUGAUGCACAACAGACGGCGGCCAUGUUUGUAGUUUUUCACCUGCUUCUUGUUGGGAGCACAGCCUCCGCCGGUAAACCCGUCCUCCCUGGACCGUCCCGCACCAAUACGAGGAGCCGGACCGCCACUGGGACACCUCCCACACCGAGGAGGUGCUGUGUCCGCCGCCUGGCCCCGCCCGUGUCGACUGCAGCGCACCUGCAGACGUCACUAGCGCGUCGUCCACCCACCACAGGACGUCGGGCGGCGGCGGGCCCGACACGCUUACGAUGCAGACCAGCAGGCGGCGAGGUUGUGGACCGCUGGCGAAUGGGAUGGGGGCCAGAAUGUCAAUGGAGGGACCAGAACCUGCGUGCAGACGGACAUUAAGCUCAACACAGAGGGAACCAUACCAUCAUACUUGCCAACCCUCCCGAUUUUUCCGGGAGACUCCCGAAUUUCAGUGCCCCUCCCGAAAAUCUCCCGAUUUCCACCCCGUUAUCAAUUUUGGGGGCGUGCCUUAAAGCCAAUGCCUUUAACGUCUUCUACAACCUGUCGUCAGGUCUGCUUUUCCUACAUACAAACAGCGUGCUGGCACAGUGGCAUAAUAUAAGCGGCUUUCUCACAAACACACACAUACAUAUAUAUAAAAUGUAGUAAAAUACAUUCAUAACAAUGCGGCUUAUACACACACAUAAGUGAAUGCCAUGCAUACUUGGUCAACAGCCAUACAGGUCACACUGAGGGUGACCGUAUAAACAACAGUGUUUCCCACACAUUCAUCUAUUUGUGGCGACCCGCCACGAAGGAAUUACGUCCACCACAAAUAGAUUUUUUUUUUUUUUUUUUUUUUGUCCUGUCCAGCUUCUCAGGCAAAUCUUAUAGUUGAUGUAGAUGCCCAUAUAGGCUGUUCAGAUUUACUUUACAAAAGAGAAGUGCAGGAUACUUCUCUUGUUGCCUUAUUUGUAUUUGACCACUACUGUUUUCUGUUUAUUUGUUACUGACUGAGGCAGGACACCUCUGCCUCUGUUUCACUUUAUGUUGCUGGUAAAUAAUAUGGUUGUAGUAGUAGGCUAAAGUUAAAUUAUUUAGUAUGCACUAAUUAAAGGGGCAGAGCU